UCAAGAGUACAAAGUCUAGCGCAGCUCAAACAGAACAGUUACAUUGUUUGUGUGUUUUAUUUUAUCUAGCUAUUCUUGAAUUAGGAAGCAACAGUGUACUUGAACGUGGAGUGUUUAAACAGAAAUAAGACAGUGUUAUAGAACCAGAUUUUAAAGAGUUUAAUUUUUCUUCGCCAAGGUAAAAAAUGAAGAUUUACGUUGCUGCUAUUACAAUCGCUUUGAUUGCUCUUGCCGCUACCGAACCACCAGCUCCACGUAACGGUUUCACUUCUUCAUCGAGUAACUAUCUACCUCCCAACCAAUCAUUCAAUGGGAAUAAUGGUUACAACUAUAACUCAAACGACAAUGGUUACAACUACCCCUCCUCGUCAAAUGGGGAAAAUUAUCCAGCAACAUCGCAGCAGUACGGACCGCCUUUGGGAAAUGACGGGAACGGCGGAUACAACUACGAAGAUGCUAACUCACAACCUGCCAAAUACUCAUUCGAGUACAACGUACAAGACUUUAUCUCCGGUAACGACUUUGGACACAUGGAAUCCCGUGAUGGUGACCGAACCGUUGGACGCUACUUUGUUCUUCUUCCCGACGGUCGCAAGCAAGUUGUGAACUAUGAAGCCGACCAAAAUGGAUACCGGCCAACAAUCACGUAUGAGGAUAUCGGUACUGGAAACGGAGCUAAUUCAAAUAACGGAGCAUAUGAAGGGAAUGGACAGUUCAAUGGCUAUCAGUAACCUUUUGAGCUAAUUCAAAUAACGGAUCAUAUGAAGGGAACAAACAGUUCAAUAGCUUUUAGGAGCCUUGGACCGAUUGCAAUGACACUGAUCCAUUAGAUAUUGAAGAUAUUUCAUGAAAACGCUUGCAACGCACUGUAGCUAUACGAAUUUACCAGAUGGAUUAAACACUUGUCAAAAUAUUGUACUUCCCAUUUCACGUUGCAUUAGUAAUGGAGACUCCAGUCAUCAUUCUAGCAAUAGCCUCCAUUUAAUAACAAACAUACACAGUGUGUGUAAUCCAUACAAGCACAAAUCUACGAUCUGACGCUUCGAAUACUUAUAACACAUUUUUGAUCAAAGCCAAAUUUGAUCUAGCAGCAGAUAGGGCAGUAGAUGAAUCA